GCAAUCCGUUCAGAAGGAAUAUAAGGCCCAGGUUUCACAGAACUACCUUGAAAUUCAUCUCUUUUGGGCUGGAAAUGGGACUUGCUGCGUACCUGAUUUUGGUACUUAUGGACCUGUUAUUUCGGCCAUCAGUGCUACACCAGAUUUCCCACCUACUAUCGUUCCGAACCAUCCAACUAGUAAGAAGAAUAGGAUGGGGCUGAUUCUGGGGAUUGUUGUUGGUGGUGGAGUACUUUUGAUUCUAUUGUUGUUGGUUUUCUGUAUAGUUCAAAGAAGAAAAAAGAUUAACACCAGUAAAAAUGAAGAUCUGUUGGGAAUAGAUAUUGGACCACUCACUUUCAGUUUUUCAGAGCUAAAGACAGCUACAGAUGACUUUAGUCCAGCGAAUAAGAUUGGAGAGGGAGGAUUUGGACCUGUCUAUAAAGGUACUCUUAAUGAUGGAAGAGUAAUUGUCGUGAAGCAAUUGUCUGCAGCAUCGCAGCAAGGAAAAAAUGAGUUUGUAGUGAAUUUGCAUGGAUUCUGCACUGAGGGAGUUAAACGGCUCCUUGUCUAUGAGUAUCUGGAAAACAAGAGUCUUGAUCAUGCAUUAUUUGCAGGAAAAAGAAGUUUGAAUCUUGAUUGGUCAUCGAGAUUUGAUAUAUGCUUGGGCGUGGCUAAAGGUUUGACUUAUCUCCAUGAGGAAUCAAGGGUACGAAUUGUACACAGAGAUGUGAAGGCCAGUAAUAUUCUGCUCGACUCUAAUCUCGUCCCCAAAAAAUAUCAGAUUUCGGUUUGGCCAAGCUUUAUGAUAAUAAAAAGACCCACAUCAGUACUCUUAUUGCGGGAACAAUUGGGUAUCUUGCACCGGAAUAUGCCAUGCGUGGACACCUAACAGAGAAGACUGUUGUGUUUGCCUUUGGUGUUCUUGCUCUAGAAAUUGUCAGUGGUAGACCAAAUUCUGACCGGAGCUUGGAAGGCGAGAUGAUUUAUCUUCUCGAAUGGGCUUGGCACUUGCAUGAAAACAAACGCGAAGUUGAACUAGUACUUCAGGUGGAUGCAGAUAUUUAUGGAUCCGCUAAAAAGACGCUUACCCACAGGAGAUUGGAUGUCUAUCAUGGAAACGUAAGUCGCUCGUUUACAUAUUGAUCACACAUGCCUCAAAUUUAUGAAAUCUGUUUAAUACACUUGUUGCCUCCUUUCAUAUAUAGUACAUCAUUGAUCAUAUUGUUGUUUUGGUAUAGUGCUAUGCGUAUGUAUAAUGCUGAAAAGAAUAGGCAAGGCUGGAGUUCAAUCCAAUGGAAACGUUUGGUUGGCAUUCCUCCCCAACCUAGCAAUAAGGAGUGCUGGUACUUUAUCAUGCGAUACAUGAGAGAUAUCAUUGAGGAUAAAGAUUUGUCAUUGUUUCCUUCCAAGUGGGAGAGGAGAGGCAGCAACCAAUACACCCAAGCGCAUAUUGAUCAAGUGCGAAAUGAGUGGGGGAAGUUUGUUGUCAACAAAUAUGUGCAUGAGCCAUGAAGUAGCGCGCUUGUUGCUGGUCCAUUUUUGCUAAGGAAAGCAUAUUUUUUUGUGCUUCU